UCUGAGUCAAUGGCCUGAAUGGCGCAUAACCAGUUGACAUGUAUACUUAUUUGUGUUAGAGGCGUGGUCGAGUCAGCAAAAAGCUCAUGGUUGUUAAAAUUAAAAAGUCUCGAGUUCGAACCCUCUGGCAGAUAAGGCUCGAUCCUUUCCAACACUAAAAAUUAAGAACGAAGAAGAAGAAGAAAUCUAGAUAUAUCUAUGUACUAUUCGAAGUAUGCCUUGUUGGAUGAGAGGGAUAUUAGCAUUGUUCAACAACAUGCCAUUGAGCCAAGAGUAGAAGUGGACAAAAAUGGCAAUGGGGCACGGAUAUAUGCCAUUGCACAUGAUAUUGGAAAGAGUCGAAACUACGGGAAAUAUCUUCACGAGCUGCUUUGGGAGAGGCAUAAAGGUGGGAUUGCACCAGGCUGGAGGGUUGUCCACAAAAAUCAUGUCACAGUGGAUAACCGCCUGGAUAACUUGGAGCUGGUGAAAGAGGAUGGGAUGGAUAUGUCGUCCCAUCACCAAGACGAGGGGUCGGGUGGUCAGACCAAAAACCGGGAAAACAGUUUGUACUGGAUUACUGUAACACAGCUGCUUGGUGACCCACUGGAAAUUAUGAGAGUUUUUAAACUUAUUUAAAUCGUUUAAAUAUGACCAGUUGUAUAACAUUUUAAAAAUGUUUAAUCGUUUUGAUAUAAUCAGAAUAUUAGAAUUUCUAUAUUAUGUCAGUUGGUCAGAUUUUCUGCGUUUGGUAAGUGUAAUUAUCUACAUGUAGUCAGAUGUUAAAAUUGUCAUCAGAUUAUAAAUGGUUUAGAAUUUUUAGAUGGUCAUUUAUUUUAAAAAGUUGACCUUUUAUUAUAUUCUUUUAUAUUUUAGUUAUCUUUUAUGAAAAAAGGUGUAUUUGUUAAAUAAGAUAAAAAUAAUAGCUGUUUCUAUUUACCGUUCUAAUAAGUUUUUUUUUAAUGUAUUGUUUAGAACUACCACCAUUUGAACAAGUGGUAUGAUUUCAAUGGAGACAUUGUAGAUCCUGCAGGUGAGAGCUACAUCUAUUAUGAGUGUCACUACCCACCAUGCACUAGGAUGGAGAGAGAGCUGCGAGAGUUCAGUAUAUGUGGGCGGUGCCAGGAAGUUAGAUACUGUGGUACUUCUUGCCAAGAAAGAGAUUAGCCCUCCCACAAAAGAUUCUGCAG